AUGCUCAACUUCAGGACCCUGCUGCUGGCCCUGGCACUCCUGGUAGAGACAGGACAGUCCCAGAGCUACAAAUCAAGAUAUGCAGUAUUGAACUUGGCCAAAGGAAGACGAGCUUAUCAGUCCUCCACAUACCCACGUGGAUCGGCAGACAAAGCUGUGGAUGGGAUCUAUUCUGGGGACUUCCACCAGGGCUCCUGCGCCCACACCAAUGAUGAGAACAACCCCUGGUGGCUUGUGGAUUUGGAAUCUGAGUAUGCCAUCGCAGCUGUGUUGGUGAAAAACCGCGCCGACUGCUGCAGCGAAAGGCUCCUGGGAGCUGAGGUCCGUGUGGGGAACACCAUUUUUGACCACGGCAAAUCCAACGCUCUGUGCGGGACCAUCACAGACGUCACACCGGGCUCCGUCAGUAGCUUCAACUGCCACUGGUUCAGGGGCCGCUAUGUGAGCAUCCACAUUCCUCGCCACAUUCCUCUGACACUGUGUGAAGUGGAUGUCUACGGAGCUGUACCAGAAGAGAUGCGUUAGGGAUCACCAGCAGCCUCUGUGUUCAGGGUGUGUGGCUGUCAAAGACCAAGGAUGCGUCAAUCAACGCCAUAGCCCUCCUUGCAGCAAGCCCCCUCUCUCUACUUCUCCAGCAGCUUGUCAGGGCCCUGAGAACCAGCAAGGGCUGUGCUUUCGCUCCUGCCACAAAGCCUAGACCAGGCA